GCAGAACCUGCAUCGGGCUCUCAGCCCACCAAAGGAGGAAAAGAAAAAAAAACUCCCAUCCAUCUCUUCCGACUUCCAUCGCACGCGUCUGGAGCCGGCGGCGGAACGGCUGAAGCAGGGGCGGUACUGCGGAGUUCGUCUCGGCGUUCGGCGACAGCGAGCCUCGCGUGCACGGCGGCACGCCGCACGCCGCACGCCGCACGGCGCACACCCCCUCCUCCUCGGUCCUCGUCCCUCGCCCCAUGGCCGGACGGCGCUCCGGGUGCACGACCAGCACCUAACCGGCCGGCGACGUGCGGACGCGUCGGGGCCGUGAGCCCGGCGCUCCGGCAGCCCGCGACGGCCACGGUUCGGCUCCGGCUUGCCGCUUGAGGCUUGAAGUAGAACAGUUGAAGCAAGCCGUGAAAUCCUAGCUCCGCCACUGCUAGAUGGUAAAGCCACGUGCGUGCACGAUCAUACAUCAGAUCCUUGCAUUGCAGUGGUAGUCAUCAGUUAGGAGGUUAUUAGGGAAAGGAGAAAACCACACGGUCCGUUGGUGGAGAUACAAGCAAGCUUUGCUGUUUUUACCAUAGAGAAGGGCUUUAACCCACAAGGCCACAACAGACCCACCGAGCAAAGCAAGCACAACCCUGGUGUGAUUCAACUAGACUGCUCCCCAUCAUGGCUUUGGUCUUGGGAGCGAUGGGCAACCUCGCCCCCAAGCUGCUCCAGCUGCUCCAAUCUGAAUACGAGCUGCCGAAGGACGUGAGGAGGAAAGUGGAGUUCGUCACUGUGGAGCUUGAUGCAAUCCAGGCAGCCCUCCGCAAAGUGGCGACAGUGCCAUUGGAUCAACUCGAUGAGCAGGUCAAGGUAUGGGCUCGCCAUGUUAAGGAUGCAUCUUAUGACAUGGAGGAUUUGCUCGACACCUUGCUCCUGCGUGUCGAGGGUGGCAUGUCUGUAAACCUUAGUAGGCUCAAACAGGUAACGGAGAAGAUGGGGGGCCUGUUUCGCAAGUCCAUGGUUCGUCGCGACAUCAUUGUGACCUUGGAUGACAUCAAGAAGCAGCUUCAGCAUCUAGUUGACACGCGUGACAGGUACAGAAUUACUGAUACUGUGGCCUAUCGUGCACCUGCAACAACUGUUGAUCCUCGCCUUUCAGCUUUUCACACAAAUGCAUCUCAGCUCGUUGGCAUCAAUAAGCCAAGGGAUGAACUCAUUGAGAUGCUGUUCAGAUGGGAGGAUGACAGCUAUGAGAUGAAAAUUAUCUCUAUUGUCGGGUUUGGAGGAUUGGGCAAGACCACUCUUGCCAAAGCAGUAUAUGACAGGGUUUAUCAUAAGUUUGAAUGUGGUGCUUUUGUUCAAGUGGGUCGUAAUCCCGACCUAAAGAAAGUCCUUAGGGAUGUUCUCAUUGAUGUUAUGAAAACUAUCGAUGAUCAUGAUAAGCUGUUCAUAUUGGAUGUGCGGCAGCUCAUUAACCUACUCCACAGAUUCCUUGAAGGAAAAAGGUACAUAUUACCCACCUAAUUCUUUAGACAUAAUGUUUUGCGCCAUCAUUUUUUUUGUUUUUUAGUAUGGCACUUGAUAAUUCAUUUUUUAGAACUAAUUUUGUUCUGGAUAACCUCCCCCUCCCCCCCCACGUCAUCCUCCCAGGUGACUCGGGGGGUGACAUAGCCGCCACCGCUCAACCUGCUAGUGGUUUGGCACCCCAAACCAUUACGGGACCCAACCAUUUCAUAAUAUAUAUUCUAGCACCCCAAACCACCCCACCCCACUAUCUUCCAAAAUUAAAUUAAACCAAACUGCAUACACCAUCUCAACCAAAUUGGACCAGCCCACCUACGAACCCACAGUUUCAACCCACCAUCUCACGCUGUGUAGUCUGACAGCUAAGUGUCCUAGCUGCGCAUCCAUGCAUCAUGUCCUAGCUGAGGCGGCAUAAACAAUAAUCACGCCACACAGGACGCAUGCUGAUCCAUGGCAUGGUUUCAAUAUCAUCAUGGACAUCAAUAUUAAAUUACACAGUUCAGUUGGGUGUCCAAAAAUCAAUAAAAAUCAACACAAAUUCAGAAAGACAACACAUCCAUCCAGACAACACACCCCUCCAUUCUACAUCAGAAGAUCACAGAAUGCUUUUAGUCUUGCUCAGGACCUACACCAGACACCCUCGAGCUUGUUGGCUGCUCACGUCUUCACGUCUUCAUUGAUGUGAUACUUUUACUCUUGCUCAGAACAUGCAAACAGUAAAAAAAUAAAUAUUCAGCAUUUCAGUCUGGACGACAUGUUUACCUAAAUAAAUAGUAAUGACAGGCACUAAACAAAAUAAUAUGAUAUAAUAGAAUCUGGACAAGACAAUAAAAUAACUCAUGAAGCAUAUUGAAUUAUUAGGAUUUUAGUCCAUAUAGCAUUUCAGAACAGAAUGUAUUCCUUAUAUCAGACUCUUAGUAAUACAGUACUAACAAUAGUCAUAAAAGUAGCUACGAAAGCAACUUUUUGUGAAGCAGCCAAGCAGGCUUCCAGCCUCCCAGAAGUAGUCAUAAAAGUGAAUGAUAGCACAAUCGCGUGAAACAGUUCUAACAAUUAUUCAGUAGUAGAAGACAUUGUACAACCAAAUCAUAGCUCUAGUAAACCAGGCGACAAGACACACCAUCACAUAUUCAGACAAUGUCGUACCUUUUGAUCCCCAGCAUGACCUCGAUGUCGCCGGAGCGGAUCUUGUCGAGCGCGCCGAUGUCGAGCACCGGCGUCCUGCCCCUGGUGUUCUGAUAGCCUAAUGUGCCCGUGAACAUAUGUGUCAUUAUUAGAAGAAAGCGAAGCGACCAACCGUGUUUACAUAAGUUUUAGUGAUGUUUAAAAUCCCCUGGUGUCCUGCCCCUGGACGUGAAGGGAAUAGACUUAGGUAGAUUCAGUGAUGUUUAAAAUCCCCUGGUGUCCUGCCUCUGGACGUGAAGGGAAUAGACUUAGGUCUCUUACAUUUCAGCUUUGUGUGUUUUAGCCAUAUGUGUUUUAGCAUCGGCUGAGAUGGUUUGGACAUGUCCAACGAAGGCCUCCUGAGGCGCCGGUGCGUAAUGGGGUUCUUGAGCGGGUCGAUAAUGUAAAGAGGGGUAGAGGUAGACCUAAACUGACGUGGGAUGAGUCGGUUAAGAGAGACCUUAAGGAUUGGAAUAUUUCUAAAGAGAUAGCUUUGGAUAGGAGCACUUGGAGACUAGCUAUCAAUGUGUCUGAACCUUGAACUUAUUUCUUUCGGGUUUCAUCUCUAGCCUACCCCAACUUGCUUGGGAAAAAAAGGCUAUGUUGUUGUUGUUGUUGUUGUUUAUUCAGGACUGUCAAUUUUUGGUGCUGUCUUUGCUCUUCAGUAGUAGCUGAUGGCCCUUAAGAUUCCAGCCAAUAGUUGACCCUGAGCUGAUGUCCAUCCUACCACUGCCAACAACUAAAGUCUAAUGGAUUGGAUGCAACAACUAGUUUAAAUUAAGCUCGGCUGUGGACUUGUUCGGCGGAUGAAUUGGAUGCGGCAAAUGGAUCCAAUCGCGUGCUGGAUUAUUGGUGGGGAUACAGAAAGAGAGCCAAUGGGCCUGGCCUAAUGGAGAUGGCUUCAGAUUCAAUGCAGUGGUGGAGGCACGGUGUCUUCUUGGUCUGAAACUCUUAACUCUGAACAUGGGUCGCCGGUGAGCAGAGCAUAGCAGAGCUCGGCGCUUGCUGAGUGCGAGCGAAAAGGAUGGGACUUGCGUUGCUAUGCGAUGGCUUGCUCCUCAUCUCAAUGAUUCGGUUCAGAUAGGGUCGCAAGGAAGGAGAGUGCGUGCUGGCCGGUUACGGCAAGAGUUGACCUCCAUGGAUCGGCGUCCUCCCUGGGAAAAAGAAGCUGCACUCUUCUUCUGUACCCGAAUCGAACGCAUGGGAUGCCCGCAAUGCAAUCCCAUGGCCUCAAAUGCGAACAAACGCUCACCUGGAGAGGAUGGCUGGGACGCUGCGCCGGAGAUGCGGGUGCAGAGCCCCUUGGCAGCGGCGGCGGCGGCCUCGGCAUUGGGUGAGCAGCGACACCAACAAGAUGGGCGCAAGCAUGAGCUCUCCGGCCGUAGCGAUGGGAGGGGCGACCCUGAAGGCGGCCCCGGCGGCGCUUGAGCCCUCCUGCCGCAGCGACGGGAGGGGCAGCCCCGGCGGCGGGGAAGCGGUGGCUCCCGGCGGCGCACGAGCCCCCCCCCCCCGGCCGCAGCCCACAGCGAUGGGAGAGGAUUAGGUUUGAGACCGAAACGCACCGAAUCGAAUUAGUAAAAACAAAAACCAAACCAAACCAGCCCACUAGAUAUGUCGAUCCACUAGACACCAAACCAAUUGAGACCAAAUAGCAAAACCGGCCCACUAAAACUGGGCUCAGCGCAUACCACUACCAGGUUGAGCCACCGCCGGGGCCCCACGCAACGCCGGCUUCCCGGCCACCGCUACCGCGCUGCUUGGCUAGCUGUCGCUGCGGCCCGCCGCAGAGCUCAAAAAGGCCUCCUAUAGCUCCUCCUUCUAUCCUAUCCUAUCCUUCCCUUCUCUUGCUCUUCCAAACUACGUAAUACUCAGCACUAGGGAUGGUCGUCUGCGAGCCAGGAGCAUCGAAUUUGAGUCACAUGGGACUGGACCUGGUGCCCUCCACCUCGGAUCUAGUGCGCAGCGAGCGAGUGAAGCAGGGGCCGUCUGGUGGUCGUCAGGCAUGCUGGUGGGCCUUUGCCCUGAAUCCGGUGUACGGCUCUAAUCCUAGCGGUAGCGGAGGCCGAGCGGACCGGAUCCAGGCGGUGCCUGGCGGGUUUCCUGGAUGCUGCGGCUGGAUUCGCAUCAUCGGGACUGCUUGUGGUUCCCUUCUAGGGUGCUAGGGCUGGCCACGGCCAUGGGGUGCUAGGGGCCUAUCUGGUCGCAUACCUACCGGCUAUAGCCAGCUACUGGUGGCCGGGGACACGGGACUGCACGCUACGACCAUGUUCUGGUGGUCAGGUGUUGAUGGUCACUAACACAUCUUUUGACCAUCAAUAUUCCACCCAAAGUCAAGGUAAAUCAACAUGAAAAAAUAUUUUUUAUGUUCAGAAUUCACCUAGUUCCACUUGUACUUGGAGAAAUUAUUUCUGUGCAGGAAAAAUGCCGAAAAUAGUCAAAUAAGAGGCAAAGGAGGCAAGGGAUGUGGCAGGGCACUAGUGGGCCCACCUGCCACGACGGCCGACGCCCCUUAGGUGGUGGCUGACGGCCACCUAGCCCCCUGCCACGUCAACGAUCCAUGGGAGCACCUCUAGGACGCAUCAACACUAUCCUCCAAAAUUGGUUUGAUCCAAUGGAGGAGGUUAACGCACCUAUGAUCCACUUGGAGGACUCCAACCGACCUCCAUACCGACUUACCUACGACAACCAACCAUGGAACUGCCUUGGAGGAGCAUCCUGGAGCAUUGGAUGCUAAGGCGGUGGGUGGACCGGCAGCCGACAUCCCCCUAUGGCGGUUGACGCCCCGCCUCUCCACCGACCUUCUCCAUUGCCUACAAGGACACCUUCAUGCUCCUGAUACUAUAAAAGGAGGUCUCCAGCUCAUGGAAGAUCAUCACUCAAUCAUCACUUUCAUAGCUCAAGCUCUCCAAGCAUCUCCAAGCGCUCUAGCUUAGCUUAGCUUAGCUUAGCUCUUCAAGUAGUAGUUAGCUAGUAGAAGAGAGGAGUCGGGUGGAGCUUCGCCUCAGAGUCUAAAAGUCUUCCGAAUUCUUUGGGUCUAGUAUAGGUCCUUUGUAAUUCUUUGUAAUUCUUUAGUAUUUACUUAAUAUAGUACUUUACUUUCAAUACUUAAGCA